AUGGCAUCGAAAAAUAAAAUAAAUUCGUUAAUUAAGAUCAAUGAUGAGGAUUCAAUGGAACAUCCUAUCCACGUAACAACGAAUGAUUUAAAUAGUGGUUAGCUUUACGUAUUUAUUUUACUAUAAAACAACAAUUAUUAUAUGAGCAAUUAUCAGCUUUUCAAUUAAAUUAACCUUGAUUUUGAAAUUGUUAAAACUUAUAGAAGAGCCAACAGAAGAUAACGGGGAUGAUUUAAAAAUUGUAUUCAUACCAAAAAAUCUACACGAUUAUUUUGAAUGUGUAGUGGGAAAACACGUUUUUGUAGAUAAACCGUGGACAAAAAUAUCUCAUAAAAAAAUUAUUGACCAUAUACAGUGUCAAAAUUCUAACUCUUGUUUUUGGAAAUUUCGAAAAAAUCUUGAAGUAAAGACUAUAAAUGUCAUUAUUUUUUCUCACUGAUUAAGAAUAUAACUUAUUUAUCUUUUUUGAAUAUUAAUUUUAUCAGAAUAUAAAAAAUGAUGAAGUUUUAGUCGGUUAUAAACCUUUUAGUAGUACAGACGAAGAAUUUUUAAUAUGUACCACGGAUAAAGCUAAACAAUAUAUAGAUGAAACACAAACGCAAAUGGAAUUUGAGAUCAAACCAAAAAUGGAUCAGUUGGUGUUUCGUGUUCCCGGUCCAUGGGAAUCCAAAAGCAGUGAAAAAGAUAUCGAAGAAAUCAAACCAGUACAAACACGUGGAAAGGUACAAACUACCAAGUAUUAUUAAUAUUAACCAUUAAGGUCACUAAUUUAAUCAAUCAAAUAUUUAUACCUAAUAUACUAAUAUAAAAAAUAUAAAAAUAUAAUUUAAUUAAUAGAUAGCUAAUAAAACUCUUUAAUUUUUAAUUUAUAGAUAACAUAUAAAUUAAAACUGAAAGCCGGUAAGCUUCAAACUAAAGCAGACUUUGAAGACUCGAAUUCAAAGUCCAUUAAAAAUGAAUAUGUCAAAUUAGAACCACGACCAAAAGAAAUAUUUGAAAGUAGUGAUAUAUUAUCAAUGGAUUCUAGUGUUCAAGUAAGUAAUCUACAUAAACGACUCAAAACAUAAUAUUUUAUUUUUAUUUCAAUUUAUAUUUAUUAAUUUUGUAGGCGGUCAGAAAAAUGAUCGAUAGGGAAAUGCAAACAAUUCCGAGAAUUAAAGAUAAUAAAUGUAUUCAAUCUGUAGCUAUAGAAGAAGAAAUGUUUCAAUUACAACCUCUUACUAAACCUAACAAGGCGCUUGAUGAUUUUUUAGAAAGACACGUUCCUAAGUAAAAUUUAUAAAUAAAUACAAUUUUUAUGCUAUUAAAUGAUCGUUUAAUAUAUUUUUACAUUUUAUUAUUAUUCAAUUGAUUAUCAAAAAUUCCAUAAGUAACUUGACUUUAAGUCCGUAUUUAGGAUUUGCUAUGCCCAGAACAAUAUUGUAUUAUAUUUUAAACUCAAGAUUCCAAAUGCAAGUAAAAAUCCCAGAGCCGGUUUCUCCACCCCCUCCCCUAAUAACGGUCCUGUCCUACGUAUAGAAAACUUAAUUCAUUUACCUUAUUAUACCUACCCAUAAUUUAUUGUAGUUGAAAACCACACAUUUAAUAUUGCUAUUGGAAAUGUUCAAUAAUUGUUAGAUACUUAAUUUAUUAUAAUACAUUCAGUUUAGUUGAACAGUUACACUAUAAUGAAUUGUACGAUUUAUACCGUGAUGAUUACAAGCUAUUAAACAAUACAAAUCAAAAAUCAAAUGAAGAAAAUGCGAAGAACAUAAACCUUCUGCCUGGAUAUCAAAAUUUAGUAUCACCGAAAAAACAUGUUUCUUGUCAUACAUGGCAUCCUACAAUACCAGGUUUAUUAGUUAUGAAUGGAAAUUGGAAAGUAUAAAUAAAUAAUAAGUUUAGUACCUAUGCAUUGCUUGUAGGUGUUUUUGCUGUGUCUUACAUGACCAAUAGUAACGCUUCAUAUAAAUCCGUUAGUCUAGAACCACCUGCUGAAGAAAUGACUAAAUCAACGGUUAAAGACGAAAAGUAUGGUAUUUCCCAUGGUAACGAUGAAAAUAACCUGGAAUUGUGGAACAACCAAACUGAAUCUAAAUUUGUGGUUGAAAAUUAUAAAGAAAACAUAAUAUCAUUGCUAAACAAUGAAUUUGUACAGGUAUAUUUAUUAAUAAUAACCUAAAUAAACAUAAUUUUGAUAGUUAAUUAUUCUUUUGAAUACCACCCACUAUAAUUAAUAAUUAUUCAAAGAGAAUGAGAAUAAUUCAAAUAACCGAAGACGAAAAAACGAAUGAACAUUCUAACCAAGACAUGAUCAAACAAUUGCGCAAUAUUUUAAUUUACAUUUCCCACGAACAACCUUCUACCAACACGGAUCAUCUUAAAGAAAAUUUAGGUUUACUAUUAAAUCAUUAUUAAACAAACAGUUCAAAAUAGAACUAAUUUUAAUUUUUAAAACAUAAUUUGAUUUUUUUAUUAUAGAUGGUGAAAUUAUUAUUAAUGAUAAAGUACAGAGUGAAUUAACAGGUAUUAGUAAAAUUUUAUUUUACAUUUAUUUAUACAUAUAUUUAAUAUAUUUAUUUAAUUUUUAAAUAUAGAUCAAUGUGAAGGGUUUAAUUUAGAAAACGAAAUCUCCAUAGAGGAAAAUGAAUAUGAGAUGAAAGAUAAAAGUAUUAAAAAACCAAAAAACUCUACCAACAUUACAGCCAUCGUAGAUAUAAAUGAAAGUGAAGAAAAAUGCAUUAUAGAUCACCAUGAUUCUGAUACAGAAAGUUUUUAUAAUAUUUGGGGGGAUGAUGAAGAGUGGUUAUAUGGAAAUGAAAUGAGGAAUGUUGUGCGGGAUAUACAUAGGUAAUUGAGUUCAUUUACUUAGUUUAAAUUUCAAUAAUUAAACAAAUUAAUUAAUUUAUACAGAAAUUUCAAUAAAAAAUACGAUAGAGAAGCAAGAGAAAAAAAAUUAUUUAGCCUUUUGAAGUCUGAAGCUAAAUAUACAGAAAAGAAAAAAAAGUAAUGUAACUUUUAAAAUGUUUGUUUUAAUAAAUUGUUUUAAUAAUUGUAUUAAGUACCUUACACAUUCAUACUUAAUUUAAUAGAAUUAAAGAUAUGGAAAAAGAAAGAAUAAAAUUAACUAAAGACAUGUUUGAAGCAGGAGAUAUUUACAAAAAAUUAAAUCAUAAACAAGAAUAUAAAUCUAAAAAAAAAAGAAAGUCUUUAUCAACACCUAACAAGCAACACAAAAUAUUUCAAAAUAAUGACGAACCGAUAAUAAAACAACAAAAUAUACCAUUAUUUGAAACACAAAAUAAUUGUGUUGUAAUUUGGUCAGUAAAUGAUAAUAUUUUUCCAAAAGUAGGUAUUUAAACUAAUUAUAUUUGUAACAUAUACAUAUCUAUUAUUCUAUAUGUAACGAAAAAAUAGCAUCCAUUUAUUAAUUGUCUGAUUAAUUUUUAGUUAAAAUUGGAAAGUCCUGAAGAAGUAUGUUGUGUUGAGUUUAACCCUAUAAAUGGUAAUACAGUUGUAGGGGGAUUAACAAAUGGGCAGAUUUGUAUAUGGGACAUAAAUCGAAAAUUGGAAACGAUUGAUUCUAGCAACACGGAAAUGUCAAACAAGGAAAAAAAUCAUCACAGACUUCUUGUAAAAUAUUUAAAUCUAUUUAACUAAAUAAUAAAUUGAUUACCUGAAUACUAGAUUUAAACAAAAUAAACGGGAUUUUAUAGUGGAUGCACAUGCAAUGGUCAUUAGACAUAAAUUUCAAAACUAGAAUCAGACCUGCAGCAUUAAGUGCAAUUUUAGAAUCACAUGAGUCAAUGGUAACCGCGAUCCAAUGGAUUCAUCCUAUAAACGAAGUUAGUUAAUUUAAAUAAGUAUAAUAAAACAAAUAAAUAAUAACAAUGUACCCAUAUAAUUAUAACUGAUCUCUGCAGAUCAAUAAUAUUAUUUAAAUAUAAGAUAUGUUAAUUGACGUCAAAAUUAAGUAAAUGUUCUCAUUUGAUAAACAUGCAAAUCUCGUAUCUAACUAAUUUAAAGUAUAGGUAUUAUAAUAUUUUAUGUGUUAUAUAAUGCAUGCAUACAAAUAAAAUUAUUAUUCAAGAGAUUUUCUUAUUUUGUAUAGAUAACACCAUCAGGUAAACUUGUAACCAUGCAAGAGGGAAAAUUAUCAAAUCAAUUUAUGUCUGCUUCCAUGGACGGAACCAUAAAACUUUGGGACUUACAAUCAACACCACUAACAAGACCAAAGCGAAAGAGCAAAACGAAAACUUGCUCUGAGCGUCCAAAAAACUUGCAAAAUUAUAAGUCACCCUUGAACAUUUACAAUAACCGUCUGAAACCUUCAUAUACGGUUGGACAGUAUUUUAAAUUAAAUAUCCAUACUUAUCUACUAAAUCUGAAGUAGAUAAUUAAAAUGAAGGUACAAUUUUACAAAAUAAUCAUAUUGUUUAUCAGCUUCAGGUUUGGUUUAAAAAUAGCAUAAUACAAACAAAACCUACAUACUAAUAUGUAUAUAUAUUUUAGAUUAUAAUCACAGAACCAGGAAACGUUAUGUCAAGUCCUAUAACAGCGUUAUCUUUUGAAAUACCUUUGAUGCAAUAUAAAUUUACGUCCAACGCUAAAGAACCAAUAGUAAUCGGAAAACGACAAUUUGAAUAUGGUAACCGUUGAAAUUAAAACUAAUAAUAUGUCUAAUGUCUGUAUCACAUAACAUUUAUGUGACAACUAUACCUAGGUACUUGUAUGCAGUGAUGGCGUGAUAGGGUAUUUCAGGAGGCGAUGGCCUCAUGACCAAUUAGGUGGUGGUACCCCCGGGCUAAAAAUAUGAAUUAUUGCCAACUGAUACUUGAUACUUAAUACUUUAUUGUUUGAAUAAUUAAUUAUAUUUUUAUUUCUAUUAUAUAUUAUUACUAUUUCUGUUAUUUGUAAGUAUAUAAUUAGGUUAAUGUAAGUAUUAUAUUUCACUAAUUCACUAACUUUCAUGUACCUAUUAAAUAUUCAGUGUCAAGGUAACCAGAAAAUAUUUCAACAAACCAUAUUUUUUAUGAAGAAGAUAAAAUAAAAUUGAUUAUUUAAUUUAUAUAUAUUAGAUAUUGAAAAUCUCACAAAAUCCUAAACUCUGUCGAUUAAAUGUAGCAUUUUUUACGUGGCUCGAAAAUAUUUUCAUUAAUCCAAUGUUCUCUUAUAUUGACGGAUAGUGAAAUAAAAAAAUGCAUAAUGUAUUAUUCAAAUAUAAUUUGAAAUGCCCAAUUUUAUUAAUUUUUUAUAUCCAUAAAAUAUAGUUGUGGAAUGGUAAAUUAGAGAAAAUAAGGGACAGUGUGUGAGAGCUUCGUCCCCAUGACUCUGCUAAUAAUACGUAAAUGAUGGUGAUCAACUUCUAACAUUUAUGUUUGUCUCAUGAAAUAAAAAAGUUCACGCCGUCUCUGCUUAUAUGUAUAAAUGAAAAUGGUAAAAUUACAUUUAUUACAGUUCCGAGAACACAUAAAACUCUAAACCGGAUAAUAGUUGUCGGUGGCAUUAAAGGCCAGGUUGGAGUUGUAACUUGGAAUGGUUACGAUACAUACCAACAGGGACAAAACAAAGAAGGUAUACCUAACUAAAUAAUAUAAACAUAUAACUGUGUUUAAUUAAACAAAUAUAGAGAAAUACGUAUUAUAAAUUCGCAGUAUGCAAAAGUAUGUGGUGGGGAUAUGUACACGAUGGGCCGAUUAACUGCAUAAAAAGAAAUGUAUUUUAUCCAGACAUUCAUUUAGUUUGCGGUGGACACAUCGUGUCUAUUUGGAGUUUAAACUACAAAGUAAAUAAUGUAGAAAAGUAUCAAUAAUUGCACCACUAUCGGGGAGUGUCAUUUUUAUAUAUUAUAUUUUAUUGUUUACAUAACUACUUAUUACCUAAAAUGUUUAAAUGUUUACCUUUACUUUAUUAUGUCUCUGCUCAUAAUUUAUUGGAUAUUUACAAACCACUAUACUGCUUACAAUACAAACGUGAUAACACAUAGACUGAUAUAGACAUAGCUUGAUACCAAUUUACAUUUUCAUUUUAGUCUAUAUUUACUCGUAAAAUUGGUGUCAGAUGAAUAUAAUGAUUUAAAAUUAAACCAUACUAAGUAUAGAUUGUAAUAAUUAAAAUAUAAAUAUUUAUCAAAUUAAUUGUUAAAUAUUAAAAAUUUAAACAUUUUUACCUAUUACAAUCACAUAAUAUAUUUAGGGUGGUCCAGUUUGGUGGAAACGUUUCAGUGAUUUUACAAAUAGUGUUUUAUGGUCUACUACUCACCCUGCAGAAUUCCGAGUGUCAUUCAACACUAGUGGUGAAUUACAAUUUUGGAAUUUUAUGAAAUUUGCUCAUCAGCCUUACUACACGUUCAAUUAUUUACUUGGCGAUGGGCUUAUAGCAAGUAAUAAUAUUUAUUAUAUUGAACACAUUAUACUAAUACACUUUUAUAUUAUUAUAAUUUAUUAUAUAAACAACACAUUUUUUAGAUAUAUUCUCAAUUUAUAAAGUGGGACGACAUUUUUUUACUCCCUCCACCAUUAAUAAUUAAAAAAUAUUUUUUUUGAAUUACAAAAUUUAAGUAAAAUAUAUUAAUAAUUAGGUAUACUAUAAAAAAUUACGGUAAACAAAAAAAUGAAUUUGUAAACAAUGAAUAUAAAUAAAUUUAUAUAUUCCGAGUUUAUGAAGAGUAUGAAGCAUGAAUAAAUGUUGAGUUAAUAUAGCAUAGUAUAGAAUAAAUAUAAUAAAAUGAAAUGUCAUCAACAGCGUUGGUAAAGAUUGCCACCAAGGGCACAAUUUACAAUUACAACCCCCCCAUCCCCUCUCCCUUAUAUGGACUUUCUGAAAUAUAAUAGGAAUAUUAUAUCAGAUUAGGUACUUUUUGAGACAGUUUUAUAUUAAUACAAAUAAUGAACUUUAAGCGUUGUCAGCCCCACAACCAUCAAUACAAUUUGUCGGUGCAGAACGGUUCAAAUUUGCAGAGGGUAUUAAUAAAGUAAUAGAUCAGGAUAUAAAUGAAUUGAUCAGUUUCUCGGACUCCUCUGGGAUAAUAAUGAUGAUCACCAAAGAUACAGUGAUAAUAAAACCAAAUGAAUGCGAAGAAGUCGGACGUAUAUUCCAGAAAGAAGUGGAUCGGAGAAGAGAAUUAGAUGCAUGGAACGAAAAGUACAAAGAAAAUUUUGGGUCGAAAGGAAUCAAUAUGAACGAUCACUUAUUGACUCAUGAAUCACAAAUACCAACUUCUGUUCAAAUUGAAGAUAUCCAACCACCGCUGACACCUGAACAAAUAAAAAAACAAAUGUACGACGAAAUUUUCAAGUAAGUAGUAAUAGAACCUAUCAAUAAAAAAAUAGUAUAGGCAUACAAUUGUGUAUACAUUAAUACCUAUUUGAAAUAGUAAUAUCUAUUCAGGCUAAUACCUACUAACUACUCUUAUGCGACGAUCGCAGUAGCCACUUCAAAGAGUACCAAAACCAGUAGUGUAAUUUAGGGGGAAUGGAGUUCAGAAGAUAGAUUAUCCACUACAGUGGGGGCUCGUCAGAAGAGACAAGUGAGGACCAGCCUCACCUAAAAUUGUACAAUGAAUAAUACUCAAAAAUUAUACUUCUUGGCUCGCCGAUAGGGUAUAACACAUAUUUCGUUGAUAAUUUUUAACGUAUUAAAUGAUUUUAUUUGGGAAAAACUUUACGAAAUAUAAUAAUAUAAAUUAUUAUUUGUUAUUAGUUAUCAUUCAGUGUUUAUUUCCAAUAGGCAACAAUAGCGAUAGAUCAAUAAGAAAUGCUCGAAAUAAUUAAAACGUACACACAGUCGAAAGUAAUGUUCCAAUAACGUCAGAGAGGCACCACCUACUAUGGCGUGUUUUUUUUUUCGUCAAAAUUGAUUUUCUUUUUUCUGAUUAUACGUAUUUAUGAAUACGCGAAUUAUAUUAAAUUAAAAUAAAUCGUGUCGUUGCAAUAGUUCUCAAGUUCAACAACGACAACGUAUGAUGGAUCGAUGCACUAGCACCCAUACAUUAUAUCAAGGGUGGCUUGAGCUAAACUAAUUUUCAGGGUGGGUGGAGACAUUGGUCUUUGAUUGUAAUAUGAUUGUACAAGUACCCAACAGAUAAUAACUUGAUACGUAAUUCGUAUCAUUAAUAACUAUAAAGUAAAGUAUCUAAUAUGUGUACGAAAUACCUGAGAUCUGUGUUCUACUGUAUACCUAUUAAUCUGGGUGCUAUUUAAAAUGAACGCUAGUCGAUAACGCGUUGAAAAGUCGUCCUAGUCAACUUUUUAAAAAGAAAUCACCUUUUUUGUAAAGAAGUUGAAUCAAGUAUUCUGGUUGAUGCAUUAGAGAGGUAAUUUUUUGAUUUUUUAAGGGGUUUUAAAAAUAAUUGGGAAAAACCGAAAGAGAAUUAUAGGUAAAACCGUAAAUGAUAACUGUACACCACAGCCUUACCAAUUUCAUUGUUUUUAAUUUUUGCAAACUAUUUUUCUACCAGAACUAUCAAAAAAUCCCAAGAAAUCUACAUAGACUUGAAAUUUUUACAGAAAACUUAUAUUUGCUUUGUACAAUUUUCAAAACAUUUGACCGAUCUUUAAACUAUUUUUAGACAUUUAAAUAAGGACAAUUUUUACGUAAUUUUUAUUCGGUAGGUACUCUAUGAAUAAAAUUAUUAACUAAAAAUAAAUGCUUGGAAGUUUGACAGAAUUUUCACUAUUAGUCGUACUUCUUGGAUAUAAAAAUAUUAAGUGUAAUGUUUAAAAUCAAAUUUUGACGAAAAUCGUAAAUAUUACGGCCUUUCAAACCAUAAAAACCGAAUUUCGCUCCGAAUCUUGUUUUAUUAGCCAUGGUUAAUCGUCACUUACAAGUACUUACUUUAAAUAUUAUUAUUUUUAUAAAAGUUAUAUACAGUAUCCCAUGAAGAUAUACUAAUUUCCAUGAAAUAAUAAAGAUAGUCAAAUUCUGUUUUUUUUUUUUUUUUUUUAAUAAUAUACGCAGGGAUAAGAACUAAAAAUAUUUAUAUUUAAAUUAAACUUUUUUUUAGAAUAUAUUCUUCUAAAAAUAUUAACGUUUCAACUUUUUAUUUUACCUCUACACUUACGGAGGGACAAUGGAGCGGUGCCCCCUCCCCCGCUGUAGAUGAUAUACGUUAAUAUACGUUAUAUGAACACUCUAUAUUCAAAUCACGGGAUAAGGAUUUACGAUUUAAAUUUUAAAUACACUAAUUUUCUUUAUUAUCUUUGAUUAUAUCACAAAUCCUAACUUGAAAUUUAAAAUUCUUAUUUCAUAAGUACACAAAACAGAAUCUAGAUAAAUAUGAAUAUUUUUUGUUACCCCCUCCCUUGAGAAAUAUUUUUGUGAGUGGUCUUGAAAAACUAUAGUUUAUUAAAAAUUACAUUUUUCAUAUCUUAAAGAGAAUUUCGUUGAAAAUGUAACAUAAUAUAUAGUAUAUAAUAUACCACGAAUUCGUUGAGUGUCACCUGUCACUAAUAGAUAGUAAACCAUUUUGGUACGGUUACAAUUCAUAGUAACCGGUGAGGUUGGAGAUAUUUGCUUAACUUUCAUCCUUUAUAGUUGAUACCUACUCCCUCCUAUUGUUGCGAAAUAUUAAUUUUUUAUCAACUACUUGUUAUCAUAAUGAAAUUUGUAACGAAACAAAUCAAAAUUCAAAAUAGUCUUCACUUAGUAUUAAUAGUAUUUUAUACUAUUUAAUUGUAUUACUCACUUUGGUUAUCAGAAAUACGGUCAUCCGAUUUAAUAUCAUAUUCUAAAGUUAAGAAAGUACAUUUUUAUUCAAACAUGUCGGUAUAGAUAAAUAUGUAUUUAAUUAUAUAGGCAUCUAUAAUAUUUACCUUCAAUUAAAUUAUCGAAAAGACUCAUUUUGUAUUUUUGUAUUUUGUACGAUAAAAUGAGUACGAAUCUACGAUAAUAAUGAUAACAAUAUGUAUAACAUGUCCUAGACGCCGCGCUGAUAGUUUAACGAGGAGAAAUAAUAAUUCUGGAGGGGAUGAUGAAAAGUCACCGAUUGUCACCGACUAUCCGAGAUGGUCACACAAUUUUGUAACCGAUGAAAUCAAACGAAUUUCAUCAUUUUGCAACUAAUUCCAAUUUUGAGGGGAAAUAGACACCGGUUACUUUCAACGAAUUUCUCGAUAUUUAUCGGUUUCAGAAAAAUAUGUACCUAUGUUACUAAAUAAUUUUAAAUUAAAAAUAAUAAUUACCUACUAAUAACUGAAAUCAGCAGAUAUGUUAAUCGUCUCCUCGUAUAUAUUUAUCAAAACCCCUUCCCAUUGUAAUUUUUCAGAACUUUCACCUGGCCACUUACAAGCCUCAUGAGCCUCCACUGAUCCACUAUCCACUUCCUCCCCCAAAGACACAAGUACACAACUUCUACAAUUUUUCUGGUAUAGGUAAACAAGAUAAUAUAAUAUACGGUAAACAUAAAAAUAUGAUAAAGUACAAUGAAUUAGGAAAUAUUUCAUUUUACCUUUUUGGAGGAAUUUAAGAUAAUCUGUUAUUCAAUUUUAUCUAUUACCUAUUAUAAUCCUAAGCGCAAAUUAUUAUGUAUGUUAUAAUAUUAUCUUUAAAAUCCUUAAUAAUUAAGAAAUCGUAUUAAAAAAAAUAACAAUCCUGAGCAAUACAAACCGGUUAAGAUUUUUUUUUUGGAAAAUUUUAAAUUCAAACCCCUAAUUAAAAAAAUUAUGACCAUGGAUUUGCAACAUUUUUAAAUUUAUUGAAAGGAAAUAUGAGGGGAAACAAUUAUUUUCGAUUAAAAUUGUCCGAAUAAGCGCAACAAGCGAAUGACCACCAUUAAGUCUCCAGUUCUACCUAUAAUGUUUUUUCUUUUUACCCUGUUACCUAUCCGACGUGAUUUUACACAGCAAAUCGAAAGUUAUUUUCGAUUAAAAUUAUCCGAGUGAGCGGCAACGAAACACGGCAUGUUUGAACGUUUGUAGAUAACUCUAAAUCUAAGCCAAACAGACUUAUUCUGACUUCAAUAAAAAAAAUCAUAGUUAUCAAAAUAUCAAUAACUAUAAAUAAUAAUAAUAAAAAACAAAAUGUCUAUUUUGACCACAUUUUGGAUUAAUUCCAUUUUUCAAGGUUUAUGUACAAUAACUAUAAAAGUAAGUACCUUAGAUAAGUCUGUUAAGACUGAUAAGUCAGUUUUGAUUAUAGGUACCAAUAAAUUAAGGCCGCGCGCACAUUGGAUACGUUUUCGUACGAACUUGUACGUACACGCACGCAACGAUCCCGGCCUACCAAAUACUAUGUGAGCGCGCAGACUGCGUGCGAUUUGUUCGUACGUAUACGUACGUGUAACUUUGACGUACGAAAACAAUCCGAACUUGUCCGGAUUUCAUUAACGUUCGUACGAUAAUGACGACGACGCAGCCGUCUCCGGAUUAGAAGAGAAUUAUCUUGAAGGUACAGAUUAUUCAUUGCGUUCUAAUAAUAAGGUUAUAACAAUAAGGUUCUAAUAAUAAGGACGUCACGAUUGCGAUAUCACCGGAACACUGACUACUUUACGGAAAAAAACGUUUCCAGUGUGUGCAAUCAAUUCGUAUGUUUUCGUACGAAACCAAUUCGUAUACAAUGUGCGCGCGACCUAAGCAUUAAAAAAACACACGUAUCGGAAAAAUAAAUCAAAAAAUAGCUUGGGUUGUAAACUAGAUUUGUUUCCCAAAAAAGUAUUUUCCCAGAAAAACGCAUCAUACUAUAAUAGCUUCUUCACUAUACUCAUAUAUUUAUCAUUACUUAGGUACCUACCUACACCUAAGAACACUACGAUAUUUAAUACAAUGUGGUCGACGUAUUAAACACAAUUUUAAGAGCUCACGGGUUAUUGUCCGUUGAAAUAUCAGUUAGUAAUAAUAAAUUAAUAAAGACUGAUUUAUCUUUGGGAAAUAUCAUUGUACCGUACAAGCGACUUUCUCUUAAGGGGCUUUCCGGCUUGUAUAUUUGUAUGCUUGAAAAAAUAUAAAAUAAUAAUGGGUAUAGUCACCGAUGCUGCAUUGGACAUCAUAUGACGUUGUCGUCGUUGAACUCGAGAGCAAUUGCAACGGCACGAUUUGCUGUGAUUGCGUGAAACCGUAUUCGGAAAAAAUAAAAUCUGUUUUGACGACAAAAAAAACACUGCAUAAUGUAUUAAGUAUUAUUUCGUUAUUAUGUAUUUAUAUAUUAAACGCACACGGAAAAAAUCGACAGCGAAUGGCGAACGUCGCGACGACGCGACCGCUUACCAACGAAAACUUAUUAUGAGUCAGUACUGACUCCGUAGGAUUUAAUCUAUAGCGGCGCCCGGCGUUUUUCCAUACUUCCAAAGACGUUUUUCCCAGAUUACCUAUAGUAAACGACGAGGUAACCAGCGUCACCGUUGAUCAACCAGACACCAGUCGGCGUCGUAGGUAAACUCCGUGUUAGCGGGUUUUUCCGGCCGCCAUGAUGGAAAUUCGGGGAAAAUUCAACGGCAAUCGGUUCUCGACCGCCAACUGUAAUCCGUAUUUCGUACGCGUCGCUGUUUAAUGCGUACAAUAUUACAUUUCGUAUUAAUAAUUAUAUUAAAUGUCAAUAAUAAUAUGUAAAAAAAAAAAUGAUGUAUAAUGUACACUGUAGUACCGAAUACACAGAAAUUAACUCACAUAGAACUUGACAAACUUUACAAAUAUUAGGUAGGUACCACUUUUAUAAUAUUAUCAUAACAUUAAAAAUAAUGUUAUCGGUUCCUUUCUUAUCCAUCAUAAUAUUAUAUGUCUGUAGUUAUUAUAUAUUUGAUAUUCUGAUCGAUAUGACAGACAGAUCGUCUCCGCUCUAAAUUGUUUUUAUAGUAUACAAUAAUUUAUCAAUGAAUCCAAAUUUAACAUUAUUGAUUAAUUUUAAUUUUUACCUAUUGCAAUAGUACCCUGUACCCAUUACCCUUUGCAAAAACUCAUAUGGGGUUAUUUUUUCGCACUACCAUAUUUGGUAAUUUCAGAUGGUACUCCAAUCAAAAUGUGUUGCGUACUCGUAAAAUGAAAGAAAAGUAUACGGACCGAGAAAAACGAUACAUGAUAGAGUCCAUGAUGAAAAAAAAAAAUGUCAGUCUAGAACAAUUGGAAAAAUAUUUUAAAGAAGCCGAAGUCAAAAAUUAUAAAGACGAUACUACUAAAAUAAGACUCGGAGCCGACGAAACUUAUGCAAAUAUUUUAAACGAAUUAUUGACUGUUGAGCAUGCCGAAGAAUGUGUAAAUAAAAAUUGUUAAUAAUACCUAAACUAUAAGACCUAUGUUAUUUAAUAUUUUGUAUUAAUUUUAUAAAAUAUGAAAUUAAUUAGGUGCAGGCCGACAUCGAUACAGAAAAUAGCACCGUUUCGGAUGAAUUAACAAAUACAUUUGAAAAAAUUCACCAACUGUUGGUGACCGACAUUGUAGCUGAAAAAGAAAAAUUGAACAGUUAUAUGAAAAACAACCCGUAUAAACACGAGGAUGAAGAUUGGGCUCAAGUAGUGGAGUUGGCAGAAAGAGAAGUCAGAGAUAGAUUAAAUGAUCCGACACUCCUUAAAAGCCCAUCCUUACGGUAGGUACCUAAACAAAUUUUAAUCGUUAACAGUGGUGUAGUGAUAAACAUCAUUUUAGAAUAUACUAACAUACCCAGUGGUGUGUUUAAAAUACAUUCGAGGAAAAGGGGAUUAAUUAAAUUAAUUUUUUUUUGUAACUAAUUUACUAAAUUUGUACAUCUUAGUGGCAUAAUAACAGGGAUAGGUAAUCAAUAUUCUGUCUAGACUAUAGACACUAUAGGUCACAAGUCGUUUUUAGUUUGAGGCAAAAUUUCUGACAGAAUAGCUGUUAGCAGACACAAAAAAUUGUAUAAAACAAGCACGCCUCAUAGUAAAGAGGUCAAGGGGGACCAAUCGAUCCCCUGUUUAAUGCGUCCCAGUACGUACCUGCAUUUUAAAUAUAGCAAGACAUGUACUUAUUUUACUAUUGGUAGGUACCUAUAUUAGGUAUACUUAAUAUAACAUGUUCUUUUUUUUAUGUUCGUGAACAAAUUUUUGAUAAACUUUCUCAUUAACAUGCAAAGUUUUUGAUAACAUAUUUUGUCAUUGGGAUGUUAUUUUUGAAUUUUCUUUUUAUUUUAAAAAUAGCGAUUUCUGAUAUUUGUUUAGAAUUCGUUAUUUUAUUAUCAUUAUUAGUUAAAAAUAAUCGUAGAAAAUAAAAAUUUCACUGAGCACUUUUCACUUUUUAGAAGUAAUGUAAUUUUUAAAUUGUCGAUUUUUUAUUGUUUGCGUGGAUUGAAAUUUAUUUUUCAAUUUUGAAAUUUCGAAUUUGCUUUGUUUCGCAUAGAUAAGUAAUCAAUAAUAAAAUUUCUUAUAAAAUACAAAUAUUUUAUAGUCAAGUACACAAAUAAUAAAAUUUAAAUUUAAAUUUAUAAAAAUACGUUUAAUUGAAGUUUUCUCUGAAAUUUUAUCGUUUGCAACAAUUUAUAUUACAUACAGAUAUUAAUUGAAUUAGCAAUUAUCUUAUGUAUCCCACCUGUUCACCAACAAAAGUUUGUAUAUUUUUACACUGUAGGUUAUAGUUACCUACUUGCCUAGUUACUUAUCUUAAUUAAAAAUAUUUUUUAAUACCGUUAUUGUGCAUAUUAUUUUGGAUAGUAUGAUGCGUCGGAAAUUGGCUAAAAAGUACAUUGAUGAGGGUUACAAAAUUAAAGAAUGGAAAAGCCGCAAAGAAGAACAUACAUGGGAUCGAUAUAAAAUAAGAGAAUCCAAAAUCUAUGAGUUAAAAGAAAUGUAUGGACAAAAUUACAAUUCAAACUGGGAUAAAGGAUUGCAACCACAGAAGUUAAAAGAUGCUAAUUGGAUGCGGGUAACUGAUAACAUUGGUGAACACUAUAAAUAA